AUGUCUCGCACCUAUCAGAGAAGGCUAGAACAAUUUCAGGCGAGGCUACAACAAAGUCUUUCACUGGCAGAUGAUGAGAUAGAUAGACUCACUCAAUAUUUAAACUCUGUUCAUGCAGAAUGUUUGGAUAUUGAAGAUAAAUUACACAGAUACGAAAAUCAAUUCGUCCAACAUCAGAAAGAACGCUCAGGCAAGAAAAUAAAAGAAGAAAGUUUCAAAAAUGCAGGAUUAGCAAGACUUGAAUCAAACUUUAAUGCAGAGAUUACAAGAUUAACAAAGGAACAUUCCGAAAAAAUGAAUCAAAUGCGCGACGAAUACAUCAAAAUGCAAAAUGAAAAUGACGAAAAAUCACAAAAGGAAGGAAGCAAGGAAAUAAAUAAACUCGAUUAUAUUAUUUCAAAAUUACAAACAUUAAUUGAAAGAGAAAACAAGAAAAUGGAAGGCAUAAAAGAUAAUAAUGAAGAAGAGGAAGAUACAGAAGAUGAAAAUGAUGAUGCAAAUACUAAAUUAAUGAAUGAAACGUUGAAUCUUCAGAAUAAGAAGAUAAAAUCACUAAAAGCAAGCAUUAAACAACGUGAAUCUGAAAGAUUAGAACUUCUCGAACUCGGUAAAGUACAUUUUCAGCAAGCAAUGCAAACUCUAGAAACAAAUGAAGCAAAUCACCUUGCAAAAAUGUCAAACUUACGUGAAACACUCGAAAAUUUAGAUAAAACUUAUCAACAGAGGUUUGAAACUAUGCGUGCAGAAAAUAAAAAAGCAAUAAUUUCUUCAAAGAAACGAUAUUUGAAAGCACAAAAGAAAUUAAAGCAAAUUCAAACCAAAAUAGUUGAAACUGAACAGAUAGACCAGCAGAAAAUAGCCAUGUUAUCCGAAAAACGCAGUGCUUUGAAAUUUAAUUUGAUGCAAAUUAGAAAUAAGAAUACACCACUUCCAUCGCAUACAGAGUUACAUAAUAUAGAAAAGCAAAUUUCAUCGCUUAAACAAAUUCUAGCAGAACAUGACGCAAUUUUAAAGAAGCAUAGAGAAGAAAAUCAUUAUUUGAAGCAAGAAAUAUCAAAGCAAAGACAUUUAGCAAGGAUUAUAAGUCGGAGAUCUGCUUUGGGUAUAUAA